AUGUUAUUACAGAAAUUAAACCCCGGGGAGCCGGAGCGCCGCCGCCGCCGCCGUCGUGAACGGGAGCGCCGGGAGGCUCAGCAGCUGCAGGCGCUCCAGCACUUGGAGUCCUUCUACGAGAAGCUGCCUCCGGGCCUGGUGAAGGAGGCGGCGGACGAGGCCAAGCCCGAGGACUGCAUCCCGGACGUGCCGGGCAACGAAGGGGCUCGCCGCUUCCUGGCCCGGGCGCCCACCAAGGGCCUCUGGAUGCCCCUCGGCCAGGAGGUGAAGGUGAUGCAGUGCUGGCGGUGCAAGCGCUACGGCCACCGCACGGGAGACAAGGAGUGCCCGUUCUUCAUCCGAGGGAACCAGCGCCUCGAGCAGUUCCGCGUCGCCCACGAGGACCCCAUGUACGACCUGCUGAGGGAGACCCGCCGCCACGAGCGAGAGGGCCGCAUCCAGCAGCUCCGGAGGCUCCUCGAGGACGACGACGACGACGACGACGACGACACCACCAGCAGCACCACCCGGAGCUCCUCUUCCACCUCCUCGGGGAAGCGCAAGAGGAAGAGGAAUCGAGAGGAGGAGAGGAAGAGCAAGAGCAAGAAGAAGAGGAGGAAGAAGAAGAGGAAGAAGAAGCACAAGGCUGCCAAAACCGAGAGGGACUGAACUGGG